GAAUACUAUACAUAGAGAAACAAUGUAUUUAUAACCGACCAAUGAGGUAACAUUAUGCAACUUUCAAUUUACACAGUGCUAUAUGGCAACAAUAUGGAAUUUGAACAGUGGUAGUGUUUUAAGGUCUGGACUAUCAUUACUUUUCCUUCAACAGUACAGACACUACCAGUCAAAUAUGCAUAUCUUCCACCUCAAACCAUCACAGUUCUCCAAGACUCUAGAUGAACUGCUGAUGUUCCUAGCACAAGUCGCCCACUGCUAUCCAGACGAGACAAAGGAUUUUGCCCUUGACAUUCGAGAUGCUCUUCAGCGCCAUUGCACAGUGCUGGACAGGACUCUAAGAAUGACAUUCUGCCAGGCGCUGAUCUUGCUGCGUAACAAAGGGCUGAUAGCCGCCACCAGUGUGCUAGAGUUGUUCUUUGAGAUGUUCCGCGUACAGGACAAGCUCCUCAGGAAGACCCUGUACACGUACAUUGUCAGUGACAUCAAGACCGUCAACCAGAAACACAAGAACGCAAAACUCAAUACAACGCUGCAGAACUUCAUGUACACCAUGUUGAAAGAUAACAACCCAGUGGCAGCUAAGAUGUCAUUGGAUGUAAUGAUUGAGCUGUACAGACGCAAUAUCUGGAAGGACACCAAGACCGUGAACGUGAUUACAACAGCCUGCUUCUCUAAGGUUACCAAGAUAUUGGUGGCUGGGCUGAAGUUUUUCCUUGGGACGGAUGAGGAAGAGGAUCACAGUGACAGUGAAUCAGAUCAGGAUGAGCAAAAGACGUCUAAAGAACUCCUUACAGGUUUCCGUGUGGGCAAGAAGACCAGGAAGAGGCAGAAGAAGCUCAAGAGGGCGCUGCAAAAUAUUGACAAACACAAGAAGAGCAAGAAGAAAUCUGAAGUCUUCAAUUUUUCAGCUCUGCAUUUGAUUCAUGAUCCUCAAGGGUUCUGUGAGCGGCUGUUCCGUCAGUUGGAAGGCACCACAGAGAGGUUUGAGGUGAAGCUGAUGAUGGCUGACCUUGUGUCUCGACUCAUUGGAGUGCAUCAGCUGUUCCUGUUCAGUUUCUACCCGUACAUACAGAGAUUCCUACAGCCUCAUCAGCGUGAGGUUACACGGUUGUUGCUGUUUGCUGCACAGUCCAGCCAUGAUCUGGUCCCUCCUGAGAUAAUAGAAGGUGUGAUCAGAACAAUAGCCAACAAUUUCAUUACCGACAGAAAUUCUGGAGAGGUCAUGGCUGUAGGGCUGAAUGCAGUACGUGAGAUCUGUUUCCGAUGCCCUCUCGCCAUAUCAGAGGAUGCCUUACAUGACUUCUCAGAGUACAAGACACACAAGGAUAAAUCGGUGAUGAUGGCUGCACGGUCGCUGAUCCAGCUCUACAGGAAGACAAAUCCAGACCUGCUGCGCAAGAAGGACAAGGGAAAACCAACAGAAGCAGCCAAAGAUCUCAAAGUGUUACAGUAUGGGGAGAGGGACACACACUCAUAUAUACCAGGUGCUGAGGUCCUGAAGGCAACGGAGGAUAUUGAGGAGGAGGAGGAGGAACAGGAGGCCUGGGAGUCGUGUAGUGAGGAGGAGGAGGGGAGUGAGGGGGAGUGGAUAGACGUGCAUCAUUCAUCAGAUGAGGAGGGAAACAAAGUGGAUGACUCCCAGGUGCCGGCCACACGAGAGGAGCAGGUACUGAAGGCCCAGCAGGUGUCCACAUCUCGCAUCCUCACUCAGGAGGAGUUCCGUAAGGUGCAGCAGAUCCAGGCAGUGCGCCAGACCGAGGGAAUGAGCGCCGAGGGGCUCAACAAUAAGAAGAGGAAGAGGGAGCUGGAGGAGGAGGAACAGGACAGAGGAGAGUUACUGCAGCUGUCUAUGAUAGAGAAUGUUCACAAGAAGAAGGCCCAUGAUAAAGACUCUAGGCUGGCCACAGUAAUGGCGGGCAGGGAAGACCGACCCAAGUACACCCACGGGCCACAGAAGAUGAACCCCCACGCUAGCACCACCAAUAAGGAUAAGGCCCGCAAGAAAAACUACACCAUGAUCAAGCACAAGGUCAUGAACAAGAAGAACAAACGCUCCUUCAGAGAUAAGCAGAUUGCAUUGAGGAAUUCGUUACUGAAGAAACAGAAAGCGAAACAUUAGAAGCUAAACAACAUAGAAAGGAGGAAAGAGAUAUGAAUUGAACUGAAAAUAAAUAUUUAAGAUUAUGUACUCUUAAUAUCAAUGAAACACAAAUCUAAGUGUUUGCAAGCAAAGAAAUGACCAUCACCCCAUGCGUCUAGUAAACAACACAACGCGAUAGUGUUAUCAUACGAUCCAUUUUUUAGCGUGUUUGCGACAUUUCGUUUAUGGGAUAUGCAGACUCCAGCUACAAACCUUGUAAUGUGAUUGAUCAUAUGCACCAUUUCUAUGGCCAUUCUCGUGAACUUUUAAAUAAUUUCAAUUUGAAACAAACUAAUGACCACUUAUUUUAGACAAUCCCUGUAUGCAUGUUUAUAAGCAAUGUCAGCAUACGGUGUUACAUACCGGAACGUUCGCACACCCCGUAUCGUGAUUGUACCGCCAUACAAUGCGCGUCAAAGAACCGAGCGUUAGACGCAAUACUGUUUACAUGCUUGGUUGGAGACCAUUACAAAACACAUGGCAGCGUGCUGGAUUAUAGAUUCUAAAAUGUAUUAAAAGUGUUUUUUCAGAUUCCAGCAUAUUGUUAUUUGCUAUAUAUCAUUUUAUAUAUGCAUUAUGUUAUACCUGUUAAUGAAAAUCACCAAUGCAAAUAAAUGCAAAUAACAAUAAUGUGUUGAAAACCAAACAUACAACAAAUUGACGUACUGUAUUGGUAUUGAAAUAAACACUGAACCAAUU